AUGGCCUCUCCAGGGAAAUUUGCGUGUGCCCUCUGGGCCCUCGCCUCGACCGUCUCUUGUGCAGCAGCGCAGGCCACCUCCCUUACUGAACUCUGCUCCACCUCGUUCGCUCAUUCAUCACUACCUGCUGCUGACUUCUUCCCGGGACUCACAAUCGAUGCGGACUCGGUUGAGACGACACUAGUAAGGAACGCAUCCGCUUCGAGCGAGUGGUAUCCGACUGCUUCCUUCGACUAUUGCAACAUUACAUUCGCCUAUUCGCACGAUGGUAUGACCGAUGGCGAUCGCGUCUACGUCACCUACUGGGCUCCGGCUCCGGAAGCGUUCAAGAAUCGAUACGUGUCCACAGGAGGAGGCGGCCUCGCCAUCAACUCCCAGAAGGCUUACAUCCCGACGGGCGUUAUUGUCGGUGCGCUCUCCGGCAUCACUGAUGGUGGCUUUGGGUCGUUUGACUCCCAGUGGGAUAGUGUCUUUCUUCUCGCCAACAACACGAUCAACUGGCAGUCCGUCUACAUGUUUGGCUACCAAGCCCACCACGAGCUCGCAACGCUGGGCAAAGAGUUCGCUCGCAACCUCUACGCCGUAAACGACACGGAAAAGAUCUUCUCCUACUAUCAGGGUUGCUCAGAAGGCGGUCGCGAAGGGUGGAGCCAGCUUCAGCGAUUUGGCGACCAGUUUGACGGUGCUGCCAUUGGCGCCCCUGCCUUUCGCUAUGGACAGCAGCAGGUGAACCAUCUCACGCUCAACGUCAUGGAAACCGAAGCCGACUACUUCCCGCCGUCGUGUGAGCUCGACAAGAUGAUCAACUUGACCAUCACCGCCUGCGACCCUCUUGACGGCUUGACCGACGGCGUCGUAUCCCGUUCUGACCUUUGCAAGCUUCAUUUUGAUACAAUGUCCAUGGUAGGCGAGGCUUACUCGUGUGAGGCCACGACUGGAGGCUCGGGUGGAGAUUUCGCUGAGCUGGCUCGACGACAAAUGCCGUCGCGUGCCACGCCUGCGCAAAGUGGCACUGUCACUGUUGAAGGUGCGGCCUUGAUGCAAUCUUUCUUUGAUGGCCUGCGCGACUCGAAGGGGCGCCUCGUCUACAUCAAUCCUCAGCCCGGAUCCAGCUUCAGCGACGCCGCCACUGCGUUCGACGAAGAUACAGAAACGUGGGGUGUCAGCAUCUCGGGCCUCGGCGGCGAGUGGGUUGCGCGGUACCUUCAGCUGCAAGACGCCAACACUAUCCCGAGCCUCGACAAUGUCACAUUUGACACGCUCAAGGAGUGGAUGAUCCUGGGCCAGAACAAGUAUGGUGACUCGCUGCAGACGACAUACCCAGACCUUGCCGACUUUCAGGCGGCCGGCGGCAAGGUGAUCCACGUGCACGGUGAAGCCGAUGACUCGAUCCCGGCGGGCUCUUCGGUGCACUAUUUCGAGUCGGUGCGCAGCGUCAUGUUCCCGGACGUCAGCUACGAGGACGGUGUGCAGCAGCUGCAGGACUUUUACAGGCUCUUUCUCGUACCUGGCGGCGCGCAUUGUGGGAGCAACUCGGCGCAGCCCAGCGGGGGCUGGCCGCAGACGACGCUGCAGACGGUCAUCGAGUGGGUCGAGGGCAAGACGUCGCCCGACACGCUGAGAAACACAGGCACGAAUGCUGAACUGUGCCCCUGGCCCCUGCGGCCGAUGUGGUCCGGCAAUGGCACCGAGGCCGAGUGUGUCAGCGACGCGGCGGCUGUGGCGACAUGGCAGUACGACUUUGAUGCGUAUAGGGUGCCGUUGUACUAG